UUUGCCUAGUAAAACAGCAAGUUGAAACACAUAUAGCUCUAAUAUCAAUAAGAGAAAAAAUGGUCUCUCUUCGUCUCAUAGUAUCAACUUUGUGUUGUGUAGUGGUUGUGUUUGGAGUGUUACCCUUUUCCUCAAAUGCACAACUUGAUCCAUUGUUUUAUAGCAAAACUUGUCCCCAAUUGCAUUCUCUUGUAUACCAAGUCCUAUGGAAUGUUUCAACAAAGGAUCCUCGUAUGCUUGCAAGUCUCAUAAGGCUUCACUUUCAUGAUUGUUUUGUUCAAGGUUGUGAUGCAUCGGUUUUGCUGAAUAACACUGCUACUAUUGUGAGCGAACAACAAGCUUUUCCAAAUGUAAAUUCAUUAAGAGGUUUGGAUGUUGUAAAUGAGAUUAAGACUAAAGUGGAAAAUGUUUGUCCUAAUACAGUUUCUUGUGCUGAUAUUCUUGCUCUUGCUGCUGGAAUAUCUUCUAUUCUGACACGAGGUCCUGCUUGGAUGGUUCCACUGGGAAGAAGGGAUAGUUUAACAGCAAAUCAAUCUCUUGCAAAUCAAAAUCUUCCAGGUCCUUCUUUCAACCUUACUCAACUAAAAUCUUCCUUUGCUGCACAAGGUCUCAACACAAAUGAUCUAGUUGCACUUUCAGGUGCUCAUACAUUUGGAAGAGCACGUUGCUCUUUAUUCAUAGAUCGAUUAUACAACUUCAGCAAUACUGGAAAACCUGAUCCAACUCUUGAUACAACAUAUUUAAAAGAAUUACAAAAAAUAUGUCCUAAGAAUGGACCUGGAACCACUCUUGCCAAUUUUGACCCAACUACCCCUGAUAUAUUAGACAACACAUACUAUUCCAAUCUUAAGGUCAAAAAGGGUCUGCUUCAGAGUGAUCAAGAGUUAUUCUCAACACCAGGUGCAGAUACCACUAGCAUUGUUAACAAAUUCAGUAGUGACCAAAAUGCUUUCUUUGAGAGUUUUAAGAAUGCAAUGAUUAAAAUGGGUAAUAUUGAUGUGCUAACGGGAAAUAAAGGAGAAAUUAGAAAGCAAUGCAAUUUUAUUAACAAGAAAUCUAGUGAACUAGACCUUGUCAUUGUGAGCUCCAAAGAGUCAUCAGAGGCUGAUAUGGUUAGCUCAAUUUAAAUGAUUGAGAGGGUUACUAUAGUUGAAAUGUGUGGUGAUUUUAAAUCACUAAUAAAGAAGUAAUUAAUAGGCUCAUUCAUGCCAUGAGCUGUGUAUGUUACAAACUUUUUGUGUGUGUUUUAAGAUAGUCUUCUUUUAUGUAUAAUGGUCAUAAUAUACUAUGUCACAAGCUAUGUUUGAAUUCGUUUCCUAGUAUCCAAAGAAAAUUUCAAAAA